AUGGUUCGAGCUAUUAAAGAAUUUGUCGAGAAAGAAGGGAAAGGUUUACUACCCCUCCAGGGAACGAUUCCCGAUAUGACGGCCGAUUCUAAACGUUACAUUGAGUUGCAAAAUGUUUAUAAAAGCCAAGCUAAUUGCGAUGUAAAGUGUGUAGCGGAGAAAGUACAAGAACUGUUGAAUUCGCUUGGGAAGCCUCAAGAUCUAAUUUCUGAAUCAGAUAUACGAUUGUUGUGUAAAAACUGUACAUAUUUGAGAGUAGUUCGUGGACAUCCCUUAACUGAAGAAUAUAAUGCGAAAACAGCUAAAGUUCACGAAAUCACGCAACAUUUAGAUAAUCCAGAUAGUGAAAUGGUAUUUUAUGUUUUACUUAGAGCAGUUGAUAGAUUUUAUGGUGAAUACAAUCGUUAUCCUGGUUACUUCACAGAUCAAGUAGAACCUGAUAUUGUAAAAUUAAAAAAGGCAGCAUUUUAA